AUGUUUGAAUCCGGAUACUUCACUAUUUUUGGCAAAGAACUAAAUGCAAAGGAUGAGAAGAGCCAGGCUAGACUAGAAGCAGAAAGAGCUUUAAUUCCUAAUGCUCUUGAAAACUUUAAAGAGUUUGACAGAAUUUUUCCUGCCCUUGUAGCAGGCCUGCCAAUUCACGUCUUUAAAACGGCACACAGUGCCAGAGAGAGUCUAGCCAAAGAUCUCCUUCCAGAGAAAGUCCGGCAAAGAGACAAUAUUUCCAGCCUCAUCUACAACAGGAUGUUCAUGAAUGAAGCUACCACCAUGAAUGACUGGGAAAAAGCAAGGACCCAUCUGGCAGUCCUCUGGGCUUCCUUAGCUAACACACUACCAGCAACAUUUUGGACUGUCUACAACAUCCUCAGGUGCCCAAAAGCAAUGAAAGUGGCAACUCAAGAAAUCAAACAUGUCUUGGAAAAAUCUAAUCAGAAAGUUUCAUUGAAUGACAGCUUCAUUAUCCUAAAUCGGCAACAGCUGGAGGACAUGCCUAUCUUGGAUAGCAUAAUCAAAGAAUCAAUGAGGCUAUCAAGUGCAUCAAUGAACAUCAGAGUGGCCAAACAGAACUUUGUUUUACAACUUGAUGAUAUGGGGUCAUACAACAUUCGCAAAGAUGACAUUGUGGCAUUUUACCCACAGACAGUACAUCUGGACCCUGAAAUUUAUGAAGAUCCCACGACAUUCAAAUAUGAUCGUUAUCUGGAUGAAAAUGGGAAAGAAAGGACCAACUUUUUUCUGAAAGGAAAGAAACUGAAGCAUUACUACAUGCCAUUCGGGUCAGGGAAAACCAAGUGCCCAGGCCGCAAGUUUGCAGUCCAUGAGAUCAAGCAGUUAAUGACCCUGUUGUUUUCUUACUUUGACAUGGAGCUUGUUGAUAAAAAUUCCAAAACUCCACCACUGGAUGAAUCCCGAGCAGGCCUGGGAAUUCUACAGCCAAAUUAUGAUGUAGAUUUCAGAUACCGAUUAAAAGUCUUCUAG